CCUUGUGGAAAUUGCCUCUGGCUCUGGCACGGCUUUCUCAGCUUUCCUGCCUCCAGGAAGCCUUGCGUUGGGAAAAUCCCACAACCUGAGGUUAAACCGCCCUCAUCCCUCGGCGACUUUCAUUCUCUCCUUCCUCUGCCUCAGCCGAGACACCUGCUCCUUCCUGAGAGACCAUGUGGGCCAGGGUCCUUCUCCUGGGGAUGCUCCUCUCCUUCCCUGCUGACCUCGAUGCUGCUGGAGGUGAUGGGGGUCAAGAGAGCCAGAUGCCCCUGAACAGUGACUGUGAGCUCCCGCCAGACAAAGGUCCCUGUGACAAUUUAGAACUCCGCUGGUUCCACAACUCAAAGUCCAAGAGAUGCGAACGUUUCUUCUAUGGAGGCUGCUAUGGGAACGCUAACAACUACAAGGAUAUCAACGAAUGUGACCGCUGCUGUGUUUCCCCAG